AUGCCGGGUCUCUCAUUCAUGUUCAGCGCUGCCACACUCAUCUUGGUCCUCUGCCUGCAGCUGGGGAUCAUUGAAGGCCAGGAUACCGAAAAUACCCGAAAGGCACUUACAUUUAACCUAUCUGUUCCAUCAAGAGCACAGAGAAAUGAGGAGAUAUCACUGGCACUUGAACUUGGAACACAAUAUAAAGAAUGUAUGGUGAUCAAAACAUACCUUGUAAGUAGUGUACCAAUCGAAGGUGGCUUCAACUAUGUACAAACCCGCUGCCUCUGCCCCGAUUACCCUACCACCAUUUACUGGGAUUUUAUAGUCACAGAAACUGCAACAAUUGCAAUUGUGGUUGACAUUGUUAAAGAAAGAAAUAUCUGCCCUAAUGAUGUGGCCGUGGUGCCCAUCACAGGAGACCGGUACCACACUAUUCAUACUAUAUACGUGAAUUAA